CAAUGCAGCCUCGGAUUGCUUGCACUGUGCAGACCUGACGUGUUACAGCCGUCGAGAAAACUGUUUUCCAUGGUAGCGUGGCUCAAGCACUGAACAUACCAAUUUCAGGAAUCUGAAACAUAACCGACCGAACGCGCGAGCCAAACACCCCCAACGUUUGGCCUGGGAUUUGUCUACAAAUAUACAAACCGGAUCCUGCACGUCUGAAGGCGUCCAUUGUCCCGAACACCCCCCCAACAACAACACCAACACCACAAGGCAGCGAUCCUCUCAUCUGCUUUCUCCAUCCUUACGCAUGGGCAGCUAGAGGAGAGAGGAGAGGGGUGCUGAGCCAUGGUCCGUCAUAGCAGGCUGGAGAAUACCCAUGGUGCAUCAGCGCAGGCUGGAGGAGGGUACCCAUGACUCCCAUGGUAUUCCCAGCAGGGCCCCCCCUGCCAUCUGCUGCCUCUGCCCAGGAAAGCUGCCAUCUCCUCGGGUAGCCCUGGAGGGUUACUGCCUCCCCCCUACCCUACCCGACCCGACCAACUGAGUCACUCACUGACUGACUGACAGUCCUUUUAUGAAGCGAAGGGGCACUUCUUCCCGUUACAUGUGUCUGUGAUGCUCGCUGCGUGAAAGACAGAAGAUGAAAUUCCCCUUCAUUUCAUUGAUGGCCCUGUGGAUUAGCAAGAGUUGUGAGGCGUCGACAUCCCUGACGAAGACUUGGAGAUGCAUAGGAGGUUUAGCGCUACACUGUUGAGAGAGGAACCGCUCAAGUGAAAACGUCAUUGAUCAUUCUUGUUUUUUGUUGUUUUGGAUCUACAACUUUUAACUUUUUUUUUUUUUUUUUUUAAACCCCCUGCAAUGUGGACAAGGUCAAAGCAUGGGUUCCGCUGCUGACCCCCCGUGUCGACGCUCUAGUCUCGUCCACACCCAGUCCGAGGGAGAGUGAGGUAGCCGACCAACCGGCCGUGACGUAACCGCGUCCGACCGCGAAUCCCGCCGACUGGCCGACUGGCCGACCGGCCCCAGCCACUGAGCCAUGCAGCGUAACGGCGGUGGUGGCGGCUUGCUGGGCGGGGGCAUGGGUGGCGGUGGCGGGCUUGGCGGUGGCGGCGGUGGGGGUGGGGGCGGCGGGCAGCCCUGGGUGUUCCGGCGCGUGCGUCUCACCUGGCUCAGCUUCAUGCUCUUCUUCAUCCUGGUCUUCUUCCCGCUCAUCGCCCACUACUACCUCACCACCAUCGACGAGGCCGGCGGGCCCGACAAGCGCAUCUUCGGCCCGCGACCCGGUGGCGAACUGUGCGAGGCCAAGCACGUGCAGGACCUGUGCCGCAUCCGCGAGUCCGUGAGUGAGGAGCUGCUGCAGCUGGAGGCCAAGCGGCAGGAGCUGAACGGCGAGAUUGCGCGGCUCAACCUGCGCAUCGAGGCCUGCAAACGCAGCAUCGACAGCGCCAAGCAGGACCUGCUGCAGCUCAAGAACGUCAUCAGCCAGACCGAGCACUCCUACAAGGAGCUCAUGGCCCAGAACCAGCCCAAGCUCUCGCUGCCCGUGCGGCUGGUACCCGACAAGGACGACCCGGGUCUGCCGCCGCCCAAGUCGCCGCGGGCGUGCCGGCUGCGCUCGUGCUUCGACUACGCCCGCUGCCCCAUGACCUCGGGCUUCCCCGUGUACGUCUACGACAGCGCCUCGUACCCGUGGGGCGAGCACAUCGACCCGCUGGUCAAGCAGGCCUUCGCCGCCGCGGUCAAGAGCAACAUCUACGUGACGGACGACCCCGCCAUCGCCUGCCUGUACGUGGUGCUGGUGGGGGAGUUGCAGGAGCUGGCCUCGGGGGGAGGCGCACCCCCCUCCUCCUCUUCCUCCUCCUCCAUGCCCCCUCCCUCCGACCUGGAGAAGCAGCUGCGAGAGCUCCCGUACUGGAGGUCCGACGGCCACAACCACCUGCUGGUGCACCUGUCCAGGAAGUCGCUCACCCAGAACUUCCUGUACAACGUGAGCACGGGCCGGGCGGCGGUGGCCCAGUCCACCUUCCUGGAGAGCCAGUACCGCGAGGGCUUCGAUCUGGUGGUGGCGCCGCUGGUACACGCCCUCUCGGAACCAAACUUCCUGGAAGUGCCCCCUCAGGUUCCGGUGAAGAGGAAGUACCUGUUCACGUUCCAGGGCGAGAAGGUGGAGUCUCUUCGCAGCAGCCUGCUGGAGGCCCCGCCCCAGUCCUUCGAGGAGGAGAUGGAGGGCGACGGCCCCGCCGACUACGACGACCGCAUCAUCACCACGCUCAAGGCAGUGCAGGACAGCCACCUCGACCAGGUGCUGGUGGAGUUCACCUGUAAGAACCGCCCGCGGCCCAGCCUCCCCACCGAGUGGGCCCUGUGCGGGGAGCGGGAGGAGCGCCUGGAGGUCCUCAAGGCCUCCACCUUCUCGUUGGUCAUCGCCCCGGGCGACGGCCAGCUGAUCGCCUCGGCGGGCUGCGGGAUGCGUCUCUUCGAGGCUCUGGAGGUGGGCGCCAUCCCUGUCGUCCUGGGCGACCACUCCAAGCUGCCGUACCACCACCUGAUUCGCUGGAGCGAGGCGGCCAUCCUGGUGCCCAAGCCCCGCAUCACCGAGCUCCACUUCCUGCUGCGCAGCCUGUCGGAUAACGACCUGCUGGCCAUGCGGCGGCAGGGGCGCUUCCUCUGGGAGACCUACUUCUCCACCUCCGAGACGGUGCUCGGCACCAUCCUGGCCAGCAUACGCACCAGCAUACAGGUCCCGGCGGCGCCGAUCCGCGAGGAGCCGGCGGUGGAGAUCCCCCACAAGGCGGGCAAGCUGGCCGGCACGGACGCCAACAUGGCCGACAACGGCGACCUGGACCUGGGGCCCGUGGAGACCGAGCCGCCCUACGCCUCGCCGCGCUUCCUCCGCAACUUCACCUACACCGCCGCGGACCUGUACCGCACCUGGAACCGGGCGCCGGGGCCCUUCCACCUCUUCCCCCACACGCCCUUCGACCCGGUCUUGCCCUCCGAGGCCAAGUUCCUGGGUUCGGGCACGGGCUUCCGGCCCAUCGGCGGCGGCUCCGGGGGCUCGGGACGCGAGUUCCAGGCAGCGCUGGGCGGCAACACGCCCCGGGAGCAGUUCACGGUGGUCAUGCUGACGUACGAGCGUGAGGAGGUGCUGAUGAACUCGCUAGAGCGCCUCAACGGCCUGCCCUACCUCAACAAGGUGGUGGUCGUCUGGAACUCGCCCAAGCCGCCCUCCGACGACCUCAUCUGGCCCGACAUCGGACUGCCCAUCGUGGUGGUGCGCACAGAGAAGAACAGCCUGAAUAACCGUUUCCUGCCCUGGGACGCCGUUGAAACGGAGGCCAUCUUGUCCAUCGAUGACGACGCCCACCUCCGCCACGACGAGAUCAUGUUUGGAUUCAGGGUGUGGCGUGAGGCCAGGGACCGCAUCGUGGGCUUCCCCGGCCGGUUCCACGCGUGGGAUGUGAAUCACCAGUCCUGGCUCUACAACUCCAACUACUCCUGCGAGCUGUCCAUGGUGCUGACCGGGGCCGCUUUCUUUCACAAGUACUAUGCCUACCUGUAUUCGUACGUGAUGCCUCAGGCUAUUCGGGACAUGGUGGACGAGUACAUCAACUGUGAAGACAUCGCCAUGAACUUCCUGGUCUCACACAUCACACGCAAGCCGCCUAUCAAGGUGACGUCUCGCUGGACGUUCCGCUGCCCGGGUUGUCCCCAGGCCCUGUCCCACGACGACUCCCACUUCCACGAGCGCCACAAGUGCAUCAACUUCUUCGUCAAGGUGUAUGGCUACAUGCCCCUGCUCUACACGCAGUUCCGCGUGGACUCGGUGCUCUUCAAGACGCGCCUGCCCCACGACAAGACCAAGUGCUUCAAGUUCAUCUAGCACAUGUGGACACUGCUGCUGCAGGGGCUGAUGGGAGACUGCUGCUGCUGCUGCUGCAAUGACUCAUGGGAGAUGGUGUCUUUUUUUAAUGGUACGGAACAUGAGAGCAGGGGCCACACACAGGACUACAUGUUAGCGUGUGCGACUGACUUCGAGCUGUCUUCUUCGGACUCUGAAUGCUUUAUACUGGGAGCCGUGAUGUAGGACGAAAACACAAAGAAAAAAAAAAACUUCUGCCAAUCAAAAGUUUGUGAUUUUGUUUUGUAGCUUUUUUUUGUGUUCGGUAUGUCUGCCUGUGUGUAUUUUUCAUUGGCAACCACUACAGUUCGCAUAUGCACCACUUGAUUUUUUUUUUUUUUUGGGGACUAAACUCCGAGCUGAACAACACUAAGCCGAUGGUAGAACUGACGGACAUGGGACAGACAACUGAACAUUUUUAACUGACAUAGCAUGAGAAUGACCUUGACGACCCCCUCCACAAGGUCAUAGGUCAACUCGGGCCUACUCUGGGAGAUGAGCUUUCGCAAAGGAUCAUGGGAGAAUAGAGUGCAAGGGACAGAUGAACAGUUGGCCGAUGCACUCAGAAUUGUAACAGGUUUUUUUUUUUUUUUUUUUUAAAGGUCGCGUUAUGAUUUUAUAUAUUCUAGUUCCAUAUGAGAAAAGCACUGAUGAUGGGUCUUACUUGGCGGUUAUUUUGUUUAUUUGUGGUGUUUCUUCAUGUAAACGAAAAAAAAUACAAUGUGUGCGUGUGUGCAACAUAAUCACAGCCCAUGCCUCAAGCAGUAC